AUGGUUCAUGUCUAUAUUUUGCCAUUGUGUUUGGCCAUUUCUAGUACUUUCUCAUACAUCAUGGAUAUCUUUGCUUUUAUAUUUGUUCUCGGCAUAGUUUCCUUGGUGAUUUCUUCCGCAAAUGCCAAUGGAAAUGCCAGCACCUUUAAUGUCUUAAACUAUGGAGCUAUUGGGGAUGGCAAAAAAGAAGAUUCUCCAGCAUUUCUCGAGGCAUGGAAUGCUGCAUGUAGCACGGUAAAAGGAACUCCUAAAGUGAUCGUUCCUGAAAAGAGAACAUUUUUGUUAAAUCCAGUCGUGUUUAGUGGUCCAUGCAAGGCCAAGAAAAUCGAUUUUAUGAUUUCCAGGAAAAUUGUGGCGCCAUCCUCGCCUAAUGCGUGGAAGGGGCGUGAUGCGAGUCAAUGGCUAGCAUUCAGUGGCGUAAGUGGCCUCAAUGUCUAUGGUUCGGGCACGAUUGAUGGACAGGGCAAAGGUUGGUGGGAUCAAUCUUGCAGAUAUCAUCCUGAACUGCAAGGAUGCACUAAACUGGCACCAACUGCCUUAAAGUUUCUUUCAGGCAAUGACAUCAGUCUCAGCAAUGCUGAUUUUACUAACAGCCCACAAACCCAUUCCAAAAUAGGCAGUGGUGAUGAUUGUAUUUCUAUUGGAGAUUACAUUUCUAACCUAUACAUAACCAAUAUUGAAUGUGGCCCUGGUCAUGGAGUGAGCAUUGGAAGCUUAGGUUUGGGAGGCAAUUUUGUACAGGUAGAGAACAUUCAUGUGAGCAAUCUCUCCUUGAACGGAACUACCAACGGAGCUCGGAUCAAGACAUAUCAGGUUGGAAAAGGAUACGUUCGAAAUGUCACAUUUGAGGACAAUAAAUUUGAUUCCGUUGAUAACCCAAUAAUCAUCGAUCAGAAUUAUUGCGGAGUCAGGGGUACAUGCAAAGAAUUGCCAACCGGAGUUCACAUAAGCGACGUGACCUACAAGGGCUUAUAUGGAACAUCGAGCACCGAAGUAGCUAUCAAUCUCAACUGCAGUCGAUGGGUGGAGUGCACCGGAAUAUCGUUGCAGUCCAUAAAACUUACCUCUGCCAAAGAUGGAAAGCAAGCCACUGCUAAUUGUGUUAAUGCCCAUGGCAAAGAAACAAGAGUGCUACCGGGCCCUUGUAUCGGAAACUGA